AUGCUGCCGAGUCUGUUUUUGGCUCCAGAAGCUUCGAGUCUUAAAGCGUCCGUAUCCCGCACAUCGUUGACUGGGUCACUGCGUUCUGCAUCCUCGCGAUGUUUGAGCUUCUCCGAUGAGUCAAAUGAUGGCCUUUCAGAGGAGGCAUCGUGCGGUAGUUUCUUUGCCAAGCUCCCAUCGCAGGUUGUCUUGCAGACGACUGGUUCGCUCUCACGCAGCUACUGGGCAGAGGACCUUUCUCCAUGCCGUCGCUCGAAGCAGCGCUGGCUUCCUGUCCUGCCGGAAGGCCGGCGGCUGCUCUCUGAGGCCCGAUUGCGGCUUAUCCGUCCACAGCUACCCAUUUCUUGCCGAAUUGCCAGCGCGUGGAGGCUGCUAUACGACCCUCGCGUCCACGGUGUCUCCAUCGGCACAUUCUUUCGCCAGUGUCAGGCCUGGCCGGGGGAGACCUUGAUCUUCAUUGAGGACGCAGAGGGCUCCGUAUUUGGGGCGCUGGCUUCGCACACUUGGCAUGUUGCCAGCCGGCAGCAUUUUGGACAGCCCAGCUGCUUCGUCUUCCGCUUCGUUUGCACGGAGGCGGGUGAGGACAUCGAAGUUUACCCAUGGGCUGGUACCAACCAGUACUUUCUGUUUGCUGACAGCGGCGGCUUGAAGAUCGGAGGGGGCAGGUCUCCUGCAAUUUGGAUCAAUGCAGACUUCCUGAAGGGAGCCUCAGGACCUUGCGAGACCUUCGGUACUACCGCCCCACUCAGUGGCUCGGAAGAGUUCGUCGUCCGCUCCUUCGAAUGCUGGGGCUUUGACACAGCCACGGAGCAAGUUACCUGCGAGGAUGCCCGCCUACUCUUGCGCGAACAAGCUUGGGAGCAGGCGCGCGGAGUUCGUCAAUUCCGAGCCAUGUGA